GCGGCGAGCGAUCGGCGGGAAGCUGCAUGCAUCGCCCGUCUCCCUCGCCAUCCCCACCGCCUGCCCCCUUCUGCCUCCCUCUCCUUGCCGGGUUGCAGGGCGCGCUCCAGCUCUCCGUGUUCCCCUCGCCGGGAACCUGAGCUGAUCAUUUCCUUUCCCACCGAUCGGUCCACUAGGAGCCGACGAUCGACAACAACCCAAUUCGUUCCAGCUCUCGACCGCUCGUUGAUCCGGCCGGCCGGGCCAUGCGCUGGAGGUAAGCCGGCGCCGACACCGACAUCGACUGUAGUUCUCUCUCCCCCCUCUCUCUUGUCCGGGCCGGGAGGGGAGGAGAGAAGACCAGGAGGACCGACGACACCUCGCGGCGCGACGACGGAGGAGGAGGAGUGGUGCGGGGAGACGAAGACGAUCUGCUGAGAUGGCGACGGCGAUGGACACGACGGUGCCGAGGAGCGGGUUGGGGGAAGGCGGCGGCGGCGGCGGCGGGCUGAAGAAGGGGCCGUGGACGCAGGCGGAGGACAGGGUGCUGCUCGACCACGUGCGGCGGCACGGCGAGGGCAACUGGAACGCGGUGCGCCGGGAGACCGGGCUGCAGCGCUGCGGCAAGAGCUGCCGGCUCCGGUGGGCCAACCACCUCCGCCCCAACCUCCGCAAGGGCCCCUUCUCCCCCGAGGAGGAGCGCCUCAUCCUCCGCCUCCACGGCCUCAUCGGCAACAAGUGGGCGCGCAUCUCAACGCACCUCCCGGGGAGGACGGACAACGAGGUCAAGAACUUCUGGAACACGCGCCUCAAGCGCCGGCAGCGCGCCGGCCAGUCGCUCUACCCGCCGGACGUCGAGCGGGAGAUCGCCUUCAUGCGCGCCCAGAACAUCAACCCGUUCGCCGACGCGGACGGCAACACCGCGGCGUCGCCGUUCUCGGACCCGUUCGCGCUGCCGCCCAGGCCGCCGUCGUCCACCAAACCGGCCUCUCACUCUCACUCCUCGCCGCUGAUCAACCAGCACUACCCGCUCCUCAACGAGAUGCAGGGGAUGCAGAUGCGCCACCACGCCGUCCAGCACGCGCACCCGCAGCCGGCGUUCCAUCACCACCACGGAGGCAUCAGGUUGCCGGGGCUCCCGCCGUUGCCGACUAGGCCGCGCGAGCUCCCUUCGAACCAAAUCGAGACGGCGAGCUGCAGCGGCGGAGCCGACGGCCUGCUCGAGGCGCUGCUGCUCGGCGUCGACGAACAUCAACUCCCCCGUCCCAACCAUGGCGUGUGCAGGGCCGGCUCCAUGCCCGAUCUCAUGUACGGCGGCGUCUCGAGCGGGAGCGACAGCGACGUCACCUCGCAGUUCCCUCCCGGUCCCGGAGGCCAGGAUCCGCACCAUGGCGGGAAAUGGGACUUCCUCGUCGAUGAUGUGAAGCCACCAAUGAGGAGGGCGACAAGCGCGGCGGAGAACGAGACCUCCGGUAUGUUCGGCGUGGCCCAUGGGUCGAUAUCAGGGGAGUGGUUCGGUACCGGCGUUGGGUCGCCAGGGCCGUCGUCCGUCGUCACCACGGAGGAUGAGUUUGGCCUCGAGAUGCAGCAGCUCAUGUCGUCGCUGCCACUGUCGGCCGACGAGCUUAACUGGAACGCUUAAUUGGUAAAAGAAAAAGGGGAAAUUAAAGACAUAGGGCUGGUGUUUCUUUCCGUGGGAGCAGAAGAUGCCUUCUUUUUGUAUCGAGUGAGUCAUAUUGUCGGGUCUUGCUAAUGAUGCUAUAAGAAGCGUUUCGCCCCAUGAUCAGCUUGGGUGUCAAAAAACAAACAGAGACGAAAUCCCUUGUUCUUAAUUGAAGGAACAAAAAUAGUUUCAAU